AUGUCCGAGAACACAAAACCUCGUAAAAGACUUAUCAUCAAACUCAAUUACCCUCCUAGUUCUAGGAAAUGCGGUUCAGAUUCUUAUGAUAGAGAUGAAAACAAGAGAAGGAAGAUUCAAGAUUCUGUAAAACCAAUUGUAACCUGUUAUUGGGUUGAUUUAGAUUAUCGUACCAAAUCAACAACUUUGUCUCAACCAAAGGAUAACAAUGUCGUUGAAAACAAGAAGGUGAUCAAGAACCAAGUUUCCAAGGUAGUUAUGUCUCAACCAAAGGAUAAUAACAUUGUUACUGAAAAUAAGAAGAUACUCAAAAACCAAGUUUCAAAAACAGAAAUAGCUUUUAAUGGUCCGAAAGAAAGUUCAAGACUUUGUUCAAAAAGCAUCUUGAUGGUGAAGGAUUCAUCAAAAACAACCUUUGUGGCAAGAGCUGAAGAAUGUGGUUUGAAGAAACCGAUGGAGUGUGAUAAUAGGAGGCAAUGUUGGUUGAUUUUGAAGAGAAUGUUAGUAGAUAGAGGUGGUUGGGAUUUGAAAGAUCCUCCAAAAAUAGCAAUAUUUGAUAAGUCUAAGAUAAAGGCAAUAUGUUUGAGGAAAUAG